UUGAUUGUGUGUGACUAUUUGGUUCGGGGUACACUGUAGGUAACGUGAAAUAUAUGUGUAUAUGUUUUAUUUAUAUACAUACCAAAUUGAACAAGAAGUUCAAAUAAUACCUAUUAAAAAGAAAAAAGAAAUUUGUGCUUUUAAACUGUUGUUUGUUUAUGCAGAUUCGCGAUAAUUUUGAUUUGUACAGAAAAUGCAUCCUUAAACCGUCAACUAAGCAAUACUAUAGUACAUUAAAUAUGGAAUGUACUGAUACAGUGAAUGGAACCAUCUCUUCAGGAGAAGGUAUUUUAGUUGACUUAAACACCGAACAAGCUUUACAAACUGAUCAGCUCUCAACAUGUAAUUUGCUUGAUAUGGAUAUAGAAAAAAAUUCCGACUAUUCACAUAAAAACCUACCGGGAUUUCGAUGGAAACGUGUUCUCAACCCCACAGGUCCACAGCCGCGACCUAGGCACGGUCACCGCGCUAUAAACAUAAAAGAGCUCAUGGUGGUCUUUGGCGGCGGUAAUGAAGGAAUUGUCGACGAAUUGCACGUGUAUAACACUGUUACAAAUCAAUGGUAUGUACCCGUCCUUAAAGGGGAUGUGCCGAACGGAUGCGCCGCGUAUGGAUUUGUCGUUGAAGGUACACGAAUGUUCGUCUUUGGGGGAAUGAUCGAAUACGGAAAAUAUUCGAACGAACUAUAUGAACUUCAAGCUACCAAAUGGGAGUGGAGAAAAAUGUACCCAGAAUCCCCAGAACCGGGAAUUUCUCCGUGCCCUCGUUUGGGACACAGUUUUACGAUGGUUGGAGAAAAAAUAUUUUUGUUUGGUGGCUUGGCGAACGAAUCGGAUGACCCUAAAAAUAAUAUUCCAAAGUAUUUAAAUGAUUUGUAUAUAUUGGAUACUAGAGGAGUACACAGUCACAAUGGGAAGUGGAUAGUGCCUAAAACAUAUGGCGAUAGUCCACCACCACGAGAGUCUCACACUGGUAUUUCCUUUUCUUGCAAGAAUACUGGAAAACUUAAUCUUUUAAUUUAUGGCGGAAUGAGUGGAUGCCGAUUAGGCGAUUUGUGGCUGCUUGAUACUGAUUCCAUGACAUGGUCCAAACCACGAACACUUGGACAGCCACCAUUACCACGUUCUUUGCAUAGCUCGACGAUGAUCGCUAACAAAAUGUAUGUAUUUGGUGGCUGGGUGCCCUUGGUUAUAAAUGAUUCCAAGUCGACAACAGAGAGGGAAUGGAAAUGCACAAAUACGCUUGCCGUACUUAAUCUUGAUACAAUGUCUUGGGAUAAUGUUACAUUGGACACGGUAGAGGAAAAUGUGCCACGGGCUCGAGCUGGCCAUUGCGCAGUCGGUAUUCAAAGUCGACUAUAUGUAUGGUCUGGUCGUGAUGGUUACCGAAAAGCAUGGAACAACCAGGUCAGGGUAUGCUGCAAAGAUUUAUGGUACCUGGAAGUGACAAAGCCUCUUUAUGCUGUUAAAGUUGCACUCGUGCGCGCUUCUACACAUGCUCUUGAGCUUUCAUGGUCUGCGACCACGUUUGCUGCGGCAUAUAUUUUACAAAUUCAAAAGAUAGAUCAAUCCGUAAACACAGCUUCCAAACCCUCAAGCCAGAAUCUUGUACACCAUGGAACAACAACUGGAGGAGGUGAAAAAGUUGGAAUCGAAGCAAACACUUCCGCAGACGUAUGCUCAAAGGCGGGGAAGAGCCUUCAUCAAACUCCCACUACCACAGGAUCAAUAGUUACACAGCGAACAUCUUCAAAUUGUACUGGCUUUAGCGAUCUAUUAGAUUCACAGCCAUUGUCAUCAUCGAUAAGCGCUCAGUUUCAAACGAAACCAAUUACAAAUGAUUGUAAUGCCUCGUUUUCCAUAUCUACUUCGGCAGUUUCAGUACAACCGCAAAUAUCUGUAUCCAAUAGCACUGCCAAUACAAACAGUACCUGUGGUACCGUUAGUGGCAUAUUACAAAAGUUUCGCCCCAAUAUAUCUACAUCUAGAUUAAUAACCACGAGCUCCACUACAACAACCUCCCUUGCAACUGAUUCUUCUUCUUUACGAGUAACAAGUUCUAUGGCGGGAAAUGUUGUUUUAACUUCAGUUUCUUCAAGUGGCGCCUUGCGACUUGUUCCAAGUGUGUCUGCUUCACCGACAAUUCGUCUAGCUUCUGUUCAUUCAAAUGCUUCAAGUAGUGUCUCUACAUCAAAUUUAUUAAAAACAGCAAUGCCUACUGCUUCUGGACAAUUACAACCUUCUAAUCCGGCUGCACCAAUUAGUGGAAAACAGUACUACAUCCAAAAGCCACUUACCUUACCUCCAAAUCUUCAGCUGCAGUUUGUGAAAACAAGCACGGGCGGAAUGGCUGUGCAAACUCUACCGAAAGUCAACUUUAAUGUUGGGAAACAUACUAACGCCCAAAGUGACAGUCAAACGACUGUCACCAGCCAACUUCAGGGACCUGUGUUACCAGGAAGUCCAAAAUCUAUUGUUUCCGGAAACGUUUUGAAACUGGUGUCGCCCCAUAGCGUGUCUAGUGGUAAGAUAAUUAUGAAAAAUUCAAAUAUUUUACAAAUGGGCAAAGUAACAUCAAAUGUCAUAGGCGGUAAGCCAGCAUUUGUUAUAACAAAUAAGCAAGGGACCCAGAUAACAAACCAACAGAUAAUAAUAGUCACUACCGGUAACACCGUAAGGACCAUUCCAUCUAGUACUACUGUGAGUACUGCAGGUGGGACGACAACUGGAACAAAUAUUGUAAGUCUUGUGAGCUCAACAUCUACAACCAAUACCCCUGCACCAGGAGCUGGUGCUCAAAGACCUUCUAUACCCAACCAGACUGGUUUAAAGAUGCUGCGAAAUAUAUCACCUGUACAAACACCAACAUUAAUGCAGAAAGCAAGUGGUACUCCACUUCAACAAAAAACAUCACUUUACAUUGGGGGUAAAGCUGUGACUGUCAUGAGUACUAAUACCAAUAUGACUACUGCUGGCGCUAUACCCAAUAAGGUAGUGGUGUUUCCUGCUUCAACAGCCGUCACUGCUGCCACUUCAUCGACAUCUCUAAGCGCAAAAAAGAGUUUUGUGUUUAACACUGAAGGCAAUCCACGUACCGUGACAUUGACUUCAAAAAAUUUGCCGACCAAAAUUUUUCCUUCAACGCACGCAACGAAGGAAAUUGCAUCCGAAACACCAGUUACUAUUAUCAGUAUGAAAGAAGCAGAUCCCAUGGACGAUAUCAUUGAGCAGCUGGAUGGAGCUGGUGAUUUGUUAAAACAUCCGCAGAAUGAGGCGCAAACAGAAUCAGUUGAAAACACAAACAACGAAAACGCAGCAUCGGCUUUAUCGGCAGAACCCUUAUCGACGUCCGAGUCAAUUGUCCAACCCUCAAGUGUCGAAUUAAUUGAUGUUUCAAAUGACCCAAGUUUUAAAGAGCCGAAUGAAAUUAUUGAAGAUAUCUCAGGAGUAAGCAGCACAACUGACGUUAAACAAACAGAAAGCUCAAAAAUUAAUAAUCCAAAAUUCGAACCUACUACUGAAAGCGAUAAAAGCUGUUCACAUUCUAUGGUCAAGACAUCAAUAUUAGCCGACGAUUGCAUUCAACCAAUGACUUCAUCAGAUGCGGAAGCUGCUACUAUACUUACCCAUAUCAAGACAGUUGAAGUUGUAGUCCAAGGAGCUGCCAAAGAUUCUUUCCAUUCAAACCAAGAUCUUGAAAAUAACAUAAAACUGAAAAAUGAAUCUAAAUGUGGACAAGAAAAUCAUUUUGCUGCUGUAUCAUUGCCCAUGAAAUCAAGUGAAUGCCAAAGCGUAGAUGGAUCACAUUUGGAGGCACUUGCUUCAGCAGCUAUGAUGCAAGCCGCAACUGGACCUUCUUCCGAUGGCCAAGAUGAUAAAGUUGUGGUGGAACAUUCUCAUACUCAACAGAGCAGUGGAAACAUCCCUGAAAUUCCAAGUAACCAAUCUCAUUCCUUGCAAGUUCCUUCUUUAAAUGUCUCCCAAAACGACAACCAGAAAUGGCAUACCGUUGGAAUAUUUAAGGAUCUCUCACAUACAGUUACAAGUUAUAUAGAAGAAGAUUGUGAGGCUCUAAUUAACGGUAUUGAUUUGGAUAACUUUCCCGAUUUAAUUAAGCAUCCACGAAUCAGUUUGGAACCAGGAACAGCAUAUCGUUUUCGACUUGCGGCUAUUAAUUCGUGUGGGCGUGGAGAAUGGGGAGAGAUAUCAAGCUUUAAGACUUGCCUACCUGGCUACCCCGGAGCCCCCUCAGCGAUUAAAAUAUCAAAGGAUAUUAGAGAAGGGGCUCACCUAACCUGGGAACCACCACCGGCACAAAAAACAAAAGAGAUAGUUGAGUAUUCAGUAUAUCUUGCGGUAAAGCCAACUGCUAAGGACAAGGCACUGACGACUCCACAAUUGGCUUUUGUGCGGGUUUAUGUUGGUGCGGCUAAUCAGUGUACUGUGCCAAACACUUCAUUAUUAAACGCACAUGUAGAUUGCUCAAACAAGCCUGCAAUUAUAUUCCGGAUAGCUGCUCGCAACCAAAAGGGUUACGGACCAGCUACUCAAGUGAGAUGGCUCCAAGAUCCAAUGGCUACAAAAAUGCAAUCACCGGCAAACCCACAAAGUUUAAAAAGAUCCCAAGAUAAAAUGCCUAGUGCAACUGGUAGCACAUCAAGUUCUUUCGGCUUGCCAAACAAACGAGGGCGCAAUGGAUUACCGGAAUGACCAUUUAACAAAUUUUUUUAAAUUUAUAAAUACGAGUAGAGAUAGUAUCAUUGAUAAGUGAAAUAUUGAACUUAUAAAUAAAAUGCAUGGAAAUAUU